GGUAAGCUACGCCGACGCAGAGGAAGCCAGACAAGCGAUCAAAGAAAUACGGACAGUGCACGCAGCGGCAGGCUUCAAGCUACGGGGAUGGAACGUCAGCGACAGGAGCGUGCUGAGGGACGUGCCACGAGAACUACACGCCAGCACACCAACACAGCUGGGAGGAGCGCAGCCAGCCCCGAAGAUCCUCGGGCUAAUUUGGGACGCCGAGCAAGACGCGCUAGGAUUCAACACAGCGAUGAACAGAGUACCGGUGGAGGUGCGAGAUCGCAAGCGCCCGCCGACCAAGCGCGAAGCAUUAAGUGCGGUCAUGUCAAUUUAUGACCCACUAGGCCUCUUAAGUUAUUUCACCAUCCGUGCUAAAAUCAUAUUGCAGAGCCUGUGGCGCCUCCAGAUUUCGUGGGACGAGCCGAUACCUGAAGAAGAGGGCGAGCAGUUUGCAGGCUGGCUGUCGCAGCUGGAAGCAGUCGGCGCACUACGUUUGCCGCGAUGCUACGCAACGGACAACGUCGAAGACAUCGAGCUGCACGUGCUAUGCGACGCCAGUGAACAAGCGUAUGCAGCCGUGGCGUACUGGCGUAUGCGGCGAACGGACGGCAGCGUGCAAGUGAAACUCGUCUCAGCGAAAGCGAAGGUGGCACCACGACGCGCGCAGACGAUCCCGCGCCUAGAACUACAAGCGGCGGUGAUCGGCGCAAGACUCGCUGAUCAGAUAAGAAGAGAGCACAGGUAUGACAUAUCUCGUACUUGGUUUUGGACAGACUCAUCGACGGUGGUGCACUGGGUGCGCAACGAUGCAAAGAGAUACACGCCGUUCGUCGCGCAUCGCCUCGGUGAGAUUGGAGAACUAACACAAAGGGAAGAGUGGCGGUGGCUGCCGACUCAUGAAAACGUUGCCGAUGACGCCACCCGCCUAAGUUUCACCACGGGACAUGAUCGAUGGUUCCAGGGUCCAGAAUUCCUGAUGAAGACGGAAGACCAGUGGCCCACGGAGAAGGAACUUCGAGAAACUACGGACGAAGCUGAUGUACUGCAUGUAAGCGAGCUGCCACGGAAGAUGGAAUGGCUGCCGGAUCCAGAGCGCUUCUCCAAAUUCCGCACACUGGUGGGAGCAACAGCAAGGGUGCUCGCAUUUAUCGACAUGCGCAUCAGGCACACGGCGACGAGACUAGAAUGUCGCCACCUGGAACAAGCCGAACGACUGUUGGUGCAGCGCGCACAGAACGACAGCUUUGGGGAAGACAUAAAGCGAAUCAAGGACGCACGCCCCAUCAGCAGAUCUAGUAGACUGUACAAAUUGGACCCGGUAAUGGAAGACGGCGUGCUGAGAGUAAGGGGCCGCAUAAACGCAGCCACAGCACCCGACACGGUAAAGAAGCCGGUGAUCCUCGACGGCCGGCACAGAAUAACCAGACUAAUAGUGUUACAGGAACAUUGUGCCGCCGGACAUGCCAACCGCGAGCGUGUCACCAACGACCUGAGGCAGCGCUACUGGGUCAUCCACCUGCGGCCCACAGUGCGCGCCGUAGAGAAGAACUGCGCGCUGUGCCGAGUACGCCGAGCGAUGCCGCAGGUCCCAGCCAAAGGGGACUUGCCACGCGCUCGCCUCGACCCGUUCCACCGACCCUUCACCAACUGCGGGGUCGACUACUUCGGGCCAAUGAUGGUCAAGAUCGGACGAAGAAGAGAGAAGAGAUGGGGCGCGCUGUUCACCUGCUUGACAUCGCGCGCCGUGCACCUAGAGCUCGUCGCGUCUCUAUCAACGGACUCAGCCAUCAUGGCGCUGAGGAGAAUGGCGGCGCGCAGAGGGUGGCCUCGUCUGAUGUACUCAGACAACGGAACAAACUUCAGGGGCGCCGAUCAAGAACUGAAGAAGGCGUACAACGAGUGGGCGCCGGCGCUACAAGAAGAAGCGCUGCGCCACCGAAUGGAGUGGCGCUACAUACCGCCGGGUGCGCCGCAUCAAGGCGGUGCUUGGGAGCGGCUGGUGCGGUCAGUGAAGACCGCGCUCGGCGCGACACUACGGGAGAAGGCGCCACCAGAAGAAGUGCUGUGGACUCUGCUCACCGAAGCGGAGUUCGCGGUGAACGCGAGGCCGCUGACUCACGUGAGCGUGAGCCCGGACGAUCCCGAAGCCCUCACGCCCAACCACUUCCUGCUGGGCUCCUCAACGGGACUGCCGAAGACGGGGCCGUGCGACGAAGCAGACCGACGGACCUGGCGCGCCAGCCAGGCGCUCGCCGACCACUUCUGGCGCCGAUGGAUCAAGGAGUACCUACCGACGCUCGUGCCACGGGGGGAGGCGCGAAAGGACACGCGACGCCUCGAGGAAGGUGACGUGGUCAUCAUCGUGGACCACGUCUUGCCGCGCAACACAUGGCCCAUGGGGGUCGUGGUGCGCGUUCACGCCGGGCCGGACGACGCUGUGCGGGUAGCCGAAGUGAAGACCAAGAGCGGGAUCUUCAGACGCCCAGUCAGCAAGCUCGUCGUGAUGAAGGAGGCUACGCAAGCUACGCCGGGGGGAGGACUGUAAAGGACGAGCACACUAUCAAGGUCAAGCGCAGGCGACAACGGGGCUCCCCACACAGCGACGCCACGUGUAUGGAGCGGAGUUUCAACGCUACACGUGGAAGAAGAGGCGCACCGCGGUUUUGACGAGGCGCACCGCGGUUUCGACUAUCGCGCUGUAUACACUACGCCACGUGUAUUGCAUCUACACGUGGAGGAGGCGUGGCCUAGGCGGCACAUGCAAGACAGCCGCCGCGGCUUUGAGCCGCCGCCGCCGCUUUGUGACUCGCCGCCGGGCGAUGGCUUUGUGGCCCGCCGCAUCACUUUGUAUCUCGCCGCCAGCAACGCAUAUAAAUAUCGAACAUUUUGGAACUAAAGUCAGUUGCAGCAAGUUCUUCUUCCAGACUAGUAGUGAAGAAGUAAUAGUGAAUAAGUAAUAGUGAAUAUGUAAUAGUGAUUAAGUAUAAAUUGUAAUAGUGUACAUAAGGGUCGAUAAUAUAUUAUGUAUGUCGAAGGAAGGGUGUUUUCUUGAACACAAACCCCAAAAAUAAUACAGUCCACAA